AUGCGUCAAGGAAUUCCUCUAACAGAGGAAGACCGGAUUCCAUGGCUUAAAAUUCUGCAAGAUGCUUUAAGGGAGAGCUUGGUCAGUGGAAAAACUGUAGUACUCGGCUGUUCUGCAUUGCAGAAACGAUAUCGAGAAAUUCUUAGAUCUGCUGACUGUAAUUAUGUUCCUGGAAGCUAUAACAGUUUAGUUAAGUUUGUUUUGCUGGAUGCAAAGGCUGAGGUGCUUGCAGAGCGGUUGAAUAAAAGAGCUGCAGAAGGGAAGCACUUCAUGCCAGCAAAGCUUUUGCAAUCUCAGUUAGAGUUGCUUCAGAUAGACAAUUCUGAAGCAAUAUGUAAAGUUGACGGUACUUUAAAGCCUCAAGCACUUGUAAAUGCCAUAAAAACUUUGAUUGUCGGAUCAGCCUGA